CCGUGAUGCGCUCGGGAGGCGCCUCCGCGGCUGCUCCGAGCGGCGCCGGGGCCGGGCCGGGCCGCGCAGCACGGUUGAAGCCCCGCAGCCGUGCCGCGCGCACCCCAGUGGGUACCAUCACCCGGCGGGAGGCAGCAUCUUCUGCAUCCCGGGGGCCCGCGAAGCCCCCGGCCGCCCCCCGGCCGCAGCGUGCGGCACAGGCGGGGCGCUCCUGCACGGGCCUGGGUGCUGGUGGCCUCUUCAGUCUGACCUCUCCGCUCUGCCCUACGGCUUCAGGGUCCGUUCUUCAGGGAAGCAAAACCCAUCCAAGAGCCGCUCAGCCUGUCCUGCCCGGCUGUGGAGCAAGCCCACCACUGCUGCUCACACCUGCUGAGAUACUUCAUGGGCUCUCAACAAGCAGCUCGUGUGCACGUGGUCCCUCCGCAAGAUGAAACACGGAGCGGCAUCACCACUGGAUAAGCUUUCCGAAGCCCUGGCUUGUUAUUUAAGCAAGGCCGGGCUGCCCGUUGUGGUUUGUGGCUGUGUGUAUCCCUGCUCCCUCUCCUGAGCUGUCCUUACGGCGACAGCGGCUCGUGUGUCCCCAGAGCCGUGCCCCUGCCCUGGGAUGUUCCCCCUGGAGCUCGGAGCAGCAGCAGUCGACCUGGGCCAACCCGAGGGGUGUCUGUCAGAGCUGCCUGGAAGGAGCUCUCGUCUUCGGAGCCAUCCUGGAGCAGAUGACUGACAAAGUAAUGAACGGGAGGGUGCCCCUGCCCGAAAAAGCCUUGUCCGAGGGCUAUGCACGGCUGCGGUACAGGGACACCUCUCUGCUCAUCUGGCAGCAGCAGCAGCAGAAACUGGAGUCGGCCCCCCCCAACACUUACCUGAGCCGGAGUCGGAGUAUGUGGUACUCACAGUACGGCAACGAAGCCAUCCUGGUGCGGGACAAAAACAAGCUGGAUGUCUCCAGGGACACGGGACAGUCGAAGUUUUGCGCCAUUAUGUAAUUUUGGUGGGUUUGCAUUAGAAAUCUACACACGGAGACAAACCAGACUGGCAGCAGGCCGGGGGAUAUGGGUUGGCACCAUCCUCCCAAGAGAGCUGCGGCUAAAGCAGCGCGUGCGGGAUGGGCCAGCAAGGCUGCCCAAAGCGUGCGUUUGUUUUCACUGUUGGUAGCGUCAGAUUUUGCAUGUCAUUGAGUGUGCGUAACGAAAACAGUCUCACUCGGGAACUCAUGAGCCUGUGUUCGCUGUCUAGCAUCUUGGCAGGGUCUGUGCUGGACCAUGUGUUGCUUGUAAGUGGCUUGUGCACCAUGAGAAACACCCGCUGUUAACUCGGGAGCCAUCCCCAGCAGGCACUUUCACUUGCGAGUCCUCACGCGUUGCCAAAGCUCUGUGAAUGCUGGCGGCAGGGAGGCGAGCACAGAUCCGCUUCCAUCCAGGCGAAAAUUUUAGGAAGUUGACCUGCAAAACUACCUGGCCAUUAGUUGUUGUGCUUGCCCCAUCUCCCUUUAAUUACUGCCCCGCAAGCGGUCUCUUGCAACCAAAGCCAUUUGUUGCGGGGGGGGGGGGAGGAAAGAGGGAAAGAAUGUGUUGAGAGUUUAUAGAGUCUGGAAUUCGGCAGUUUCACCCUGUGCCAAGCAAAGGGCCCUCUCUGAUGCCACAGUUUGGUAUGGUGGCAGUAAGAGAGGACUUCUGGCGUCGGUGGAGCUGGCUCCCUUUCCGUGCUUUGGGAACAGAUCACCAAGUCAACCGCCUGAAAGGGGGGGAGAGGCCCAGGAAAGCAACAGGAAGCAAGCUACUGUAAAUACACACAUCUCCUACCGCAGGACCUACCUGCCCCCAGAGAUCACUGGCAGAAGCACGCAGUCCCCUGAAGUUUGCUUAGCAUUCAAGUUUUAAUGCAUGCAGUAGGUUGGAAGGGUUUAUUUUCUAAUUCGGGUUGGAUAGGAGAUGUUGUGCAUGUGUUCUAAAAGUUGCGUCUUCGAGCGUUUGUUUCCACUAACUGAAGGAUUUUAGGAGGGAAAAAAUACUAGAAUUGCAUUUCUUGGGAAUAGAGACUGCUUUCAGGCUGCUUCCGUUAGGAGCUGAAUCCCUAACUUGCUCAAGGCAAGAUCAAGCUGAGAAACUCGACCCAGCAAGCACCUAAACCUUUAUUAAAAACCAAGCAGUACCUCUUCCAGGGGUGCUAAUUAGGUGCCCAGGGUUUGGCAUUCAAGUAUAACAUUUGGCUUAAGUUAUAGGCUCCCUCUGUGCCCUGCCUGGGACAUCCUCUCAGCCUGCGUGCCUGAUCCAGCAGCACUUGGGUACGGGCUUAACUUCAAGCAAAUCAGUAUUUGACGUUGACUUCAGUGAGGGUUAUUUGCCUGUCUAAAAUUAGGCACAGUCAUUACUUCUGUUUAUCUGAAACCUCCUUUGCAUAUUUCAAGCACUUUAUUUUUAUUAUUUUUUUUUAAUACAGCAAAGAAGAAUCUUGUCCGCCCUUCCUGUGUGGGUUAAAUGCUGCACUCAGUGUGCUGAGCAGAACAUACCUGUUCUAACGUGAGAUUGUAGAUGUUUGAGGUACUCAGCCCUGAUCCGUAGCACGUGUAUGCACUGCAAACUAUAGGCAGCUCAUUUAUUUUUUUUAAAUACUAUUUAUGCAUGCGUUGAUGUUUGGUACCUUACAUGUGUGCUCGUAAAACUAAACCUGCUGAUGGACCUCAGUGCUUUGCUGACCUGCGCAUUGCUCUGCAUGCUCAAACAGUCCUACUGGAUCUUGCCAGGACUAGCUCUGGAUGAGAAGGGUUUUGGUGAAUAAAUGUUUUUCAGCUGAGGGGGAAAAAAAAAAAAAAGCAUUCCAUGAGCUUCCCAAAAGGAGCAGGAUGCAGAAUGCUGGCAGCAGCAGUGCUCCUGCACUGAGCUGGUGGUGAAUGCAGAGCAUCGCCUGGGGUGUGCGAGCCACCGAGGCCCCCAGGUCGGCGAGUGAACUGAUGGUUAUCGAUGGAGAUGGGCAGGAGAUGGUCUGAGAGCUCCCCUAGAAGAAUCUGCAGGUGGAAGAGACCUGGAGAGGCAGGAGAGGGGUGUUCAGGGCCUUUCCAGCAGCCCAGGGGAACAUGCAAACUCUGGGAGUUUAAGGAACAGCACAUCCCCAAAACCAGCUGUUCACUUUCUUUUCUUAUAGAAAAAAAAACCCCACCCGUGAAUUUAUUUUUUUUUUUAUUUCA